AUGGCGAUUCCCUACUAUCUCGAAGAAGCUGCCUGUCAGAACCCUGCGAUCAAGGCUCUCAUCUCUUACGGCGGCAAAAGCCUUUCCACACUAAGCUCGACAGCACUGCCACCUCAACUAAUACACGUCGCGGGGCUGCCAGACCCUCAUCGCCGCGAGUCAUGUUCAUUAGUCCCAGAAUCAUCCUCGGAGAAAACAGUGCCAUCCCCGGAGAACAUCAUUAAAACCUACCGGUACGAAGACGCGACAAAAGAUUCUGAAUGGGUACUUCCAAGCGACGAGCACUACCACAAGCGCAGCGCGGGCAUUGCGCAUACAAGGAGCCUGACUUUCUUGAAGCCGCUGCUCGGCGGCCCCUUCUUCGAUCUGGAGGCUGUGUGGGAAGAGCACACCAAGUUCGAGUUCGGCGAGAGGGAUGUAGAGAAAACGAUGGCUACGAUGGUGGAUCAGCCGUAUGUCAACCACAUCCCGACUAUGACCGGAGGCGUAGGCCAAGAGCGACUGACAGCGUUCUACACGCACCACUUCGUUUUCAGUAAUCCGCCCGACACCGCUCUCUCCCUCGUCUCACGAACCGUAGGCAUCGAUCGCGUAAUCGACGAGUUCAUCUUCACCUUGACCCACACCAAAGAAGUUCCCUGGCUACUCCCUGGUAUCCCUCCCACCGGAAAGCCACUCGCCAUACCGUUCACCAGCGUCGUCGCCAUGCGCGGUGAUCGACUGUGUCAUGAACACAUCAGCUGGGACCAUGCGACGGCGCUGAAACAAUUGGGUUUGCUUCCGGAGUACGUGCCUUUUCCGUACAAGAUCGAGGGCGCAGCGCCGCCGGAAGGGAAGAGAUUCGAAGUCAAACUGCCAGUCGUGGACAUGGAGGGGAGUAGGAAGUUGGUGGAUGAGAGUUGUAAGGAGAGUAAUGCGUUGAUGAGCGGACGGUGGCGGAUAGUGGACGAUGUGUGA